UAAUACAGCUGAGCAUCAUGAGAAUAAGGAAUUGUCUAUGGCUACUAUCACUGAUAUCAGUCGCAUUCAGUGCUAUACUAGGUAUUGAUUUUGGUCAAGAUUUUACAAAGUCCGCAUUAAUAGCUCCAGGUGUUCCAUUUGAAAUAGUAUUGAGUGCUGAUUCAAAACGUAAAGAACCUUCAGGUUUAGCUUUCAAACAACUAGGUAAAGAUGAAGUUGAAAGAUUAUAUGGAUCUGCUACAGCAUCUCAUUGCACAAGAUUUCCAAGUACUUGUUUACUAAAUUUGAAACCAUUAUUAGGAAAAUCAGUUGAUGAUCCAGAAGUUCAACAUUACAUCAACUCUCAUCCUGGUGUCAAGAUUGUUCCUUCCAAAAAUAAUAGAGCUACAAUUGCAUUUGAUGUUAAUGGUCACCAAUAUCCAAUUGAAGAAGUAAUUGCUAUGAGUUUUCAAAAUAUUGUCUCUAGAGCAUCAACAACAUUGAAAGAAAAAGUUCCAGGUGGUUAUUCACAAGUCAACGAUGUAGUGAUUACUGUUCCAAGUUAUUUCACUCAAUCUCAAAGAAAUGCACUGAAAGAUAGUGCUGAAUUGGCUGGUUUAAAAGUUAUCGGUUUGGUUGAUGAUGGGUUAGCGAUUGCUAUUAACUAUGCAACAAACCGUGAGAUUGCCAACGACAAGGAAUACCACAUUAUCUAUGAUAUGGGCGCUGGCUCAACAACUGCUACAUUAGUUUCAUUCACCAAAAAUUCAACCGAGCCUUUAGCAAUUGAGGUUGAAGGAUAUGCCCAUGAUGAUUCAUUAGGUGGUUCUCUAUUCACAAAUGCUGUUGCAGAAUUGAUCAAAAAUAAGUUUUUAGAAAGCCAUCCAGAAAUCAGAACUGAUAAAUUUUCAUCAAAUGAUAGAUCUUUGGCUAAAAUCUUUCAAGCUGCUGAAAAAGCAAAAUUGGUGUUAAGUGCCAAUAAUGAUGCAUCUGUUUCCAUUGAAUCAUUAUAUGAUGACAUUGAUUUGAGAACUAAGAUUACUCGUGAAGAAUUUGAAGAACAUGUUAGUGAUAUUUCUUCAAGAAUAACCAAACCAAUCAUUGAUGUUUUACAAGCAAAACUUGUUGAUGAUGCCCCUGUUGAGCUUAAAGAUAUUAAUUCAGUCAUUUAUGCAGGUGGUUCAACCCGUGUUCCAUUUGUUCAAAAGCAUUUACUUUCAUUGAUUGGUGAAGAUUUGGUUUCAAAAACUAUCAAUGCGGACGAAUCAGCUGUUGUUGGUGCCACUUUACGUGGUGUUCAAAUUUCCAAAAUGUUCAAAACAAAGGAAAUGAACGUUUCUGAAGCAUCAGUUUACAACUAUGAAAUCUCUGUUGGUGAUGACGCACAAGAAAUUGUCUUUUCUAAAGGUUCAAGCUACAAUCAAAUCAAAGAGGUUGAAUUAUUAAAUCUGUUCAACAAAUCUGAAGAUUUUAGCAUAAACUUAUAUGAAGAUUCAAAGCUUUAUGGACAUUACGAUUCAUUAAAUGUUGCUUCGAUGGUUGAGAAAUUAGACUUCAAUUCAUCCGAGUGUUCAUCUGGCUUCAAAAUCUAUGGAAAAUUCAAAUUGAGUGAAAGUCGUAUCUUUACUUUAGAAAGUGUACAAGCAAGAUGUGAAGGUCCUUCAUCUAAUGAAGAAGAAGAAGAGAAGAAAGGUGAAACUAAAGAUGAUAAAGAGACCGAACAAAAAGUUUUGAAAAAAAUUUCAACCUUGAAAGUUUCAAUCCCAACAAAACUAAAAUAUUCAUCAUCAAGACCACUAGGAACUGCCACAAAACAAGAACUUAGAACUCACUUACAAGCAUUAAAUGCAAAAGAUUAUCAAAGAAAACAACGUUUUGAAAAAUUGAAUGAACUAGAAGCAGUUCUAUACAAAGUCCGUUCAUAUCUUGAAGAAGAUGAUGUUGUUGAAAAAGGUCCAAAAGCUAUUGUUGAUGAAGCUUCCAGCAAAGUUUCAGAAUUUUUAGAAUGGUUAGAUUAUGAUAGCGAUGGUGCUACAACAAAAGAAAUCAAAAAUAAGACAUCAGAGAUCAGAAGUUAUUACACCAAAAUUUCAGAUUACUUGCAGCAAUUAGCAAUUCCAUUAGACUCCGAGGCUUUUGAAGCUUUACACAAAGAAGGUGUCACAGCCCUAAACUCUGUUCAAGAUUUCAUGUUAACUAUGGGUGAGACAGCUGCUGGUUUACUUAGAAAUUUUACUGAAGCCGGGCUUGAUUUUGAUAAAGAAUCAAGAAAAUUGAAAUUGAAAACACCAAGCUUUAGUGAAGCUGAUAUCGAAAAGGCUUCAAAAGAAUUGAUUUCUACUUUUGAGAAAGUCAAAGAAGUUUAUGAAAAUCCUGAAGAACUAAGUGAAUAUACCAGAGAGGAAUUAUUUGAAUUGAGAAAUCAAGCAUUGGAAAAAAUCGAAAAAGUUGGGCUAAUAAAGAAGAAUUUAGAGUCUGUGCAUUCACAAAGACUCAAAGAGUUGAAUAGCGUCCUUUAUAGAUUUUACAGAGCUCAAAGAAGAGCUGCUGCCAAAGCUGCAUCCAAAUUGAAAGAAGAAGAGGAAAAAUCGGAGGCUGAAUCCACAGUUUCAGCAACAGAUGAAACAACUGAAUCUUCAGCUACUACAACCACAGCCUCCGGCUCAGAAGAGCCAACCUCAAUAGAUCAUGACGAGCUUUAA